GUGCCUUUGAUGUCAGAUUGCAGAAAUUAUUGCCAACUCCAAUGUUGUGAAGCUUUUGUUCUAUUAUUUCUUCUCAGAGUUUUAUAGUAUUUUUUGUAUUACAUUUAGGUCUUUGAUUAAUUUUGAGUCAAUUUUUCCACAUAGUGUUAUACAAGGGUCCAACUUCAUUAUUUUAUAUGUGAUUUUUCAGUUGUUCCACCACCAUCCCACCAUUUUUUUUUUUUUUUAAGAUUGUUCUUUCUCUCAUUGAAUGAUCUUGGACCCAUGGUCAAAAAUCAUUUCACUGGAGUGGGAAGGAAGGCGGAGGGAACCAUGCGAGGUUCUGAGAUCUGCGGCGAGGGUCGCCUCCAGAGACGGUUUGUGAGCAGGAAUUCUGAAAUCCCCACCACUUCCUCCCUCCGGGGGAUUUGAUCCCCUAUGGCCACCGCUAACAGCAUCAUCAUGCUGGAUGAUGAUGAUGAAGAUGAAGCAGCUGCUCAGCCAGGGCCCUCCCACCCACUCCCCAAUGCGGCCUCACCUGGGGCAGAAGCCCCUAGCUCCUCUGAGCCUCAUGGGGCCAGAGGAAGCAGUAGUUCGGGCGGCAAGAAAUGCUACAAGCUGGAGAAUGAGAAGCUGUUCGAAGAGUUCCUUGAACUUUGUAAGACGCAGACAGCAGACCACUCUGAGGUGGUCCCAUUCCUCUAUAACCGGCAGCAAUGUGCCCACUCUCUGUUUUUGGCCUCGGCGGAGUUCUGCAACAUCCUCUCUAGGGUCCUAUCUCGGGCCCGGAGCCGGCCAGCUAAGCUCUAUGUCUACAUCAAUGAGCUCUGCACUGUUCUCAGGGCCCACUCAGCCAAAAAGAAGCUGAACUUGGCCCCUGCCACCACCACCUCCAAUGAGCCCUCUGGGAAUAACCCUCCCACACACCUCUCCUUGGACCCCACAAAUGCUGAAAACACUGCCUCUCAGGCCCCAAGGACCCGUGGUUCCCGGCGGCAGAUUCAGCGCUUGGAGCAGCUGCUGGCGCUCUAUGUGGCAGAGAUCCGGCGGCUGCAGGAAAAGGAGUUGGAUCUCUCAGAAUUGGAUGACCCAGACUCCACAUACUUGCAGGAGGCACGGUUGAAGCGUAAGCUGAUCCGCCUCUUUGGGCGACUAUGUGAGCUGAAAGACUGCUCUUCACUGACUGGCCGUGUCAUAGAGCAGCGCAUCCCCUACCGUGGCACCCGCUACCCAGAGGUUAACAGGCGCAUUGAGCGGCUCAUCAACAAGCCAGGGCCUGAUACCUUCCCUGACUAUGGGGAUGUGCUUCGGGCUGUAGAGAAGGUAGCUGCCCGACACAGCCUUGGCCUCCCCCGACAGCAGCUCCAGCUCAUGUCUCAGGAUGCCUUCCGAGAUGUGGGCAUCAGGUUACAGGAACGACAUCACCUCCAUCUCAUCUACAACUUUGGCUGCCACCUCACAGAUGACUAUAGGCCAGGCACUGACCCUGCACUCUCAGAUCCUGUGUUGGCCCGGCGCCUUCGGGAAAACCGGAGUUUGGCCAUGAGUCGGCUGGAUGAGGUCAUCUCCAAAUAUGCAACGAUGCAAGACAAAAGUGAGGAGGGCGAGAGAAAAAAGAGAAGAGCUCGGUUCCAAGGCACCUCUUCCCACUCUGCAGACACCCCCAACGCCUCCUUGGAUUCUGGUGAGGGCCCUAGUGGAAUGGCAUCCCAGGGGUGCCCUUCUGCCUCCAGAGCUGAGACAGAUGACGAAGAAGAUGAGGAGAGUGAUGAGAAAGAGGAGGAGGAGGAGGAGGAAGAAGAGGAGGAGGCCACAGAUUCUGAAGAGGAGGAGGAUCUGGAACAGAUGCAGGAGGGUCAGGAGGACGAUGAAGAGGAGGACGAAGAGGAAGAAGCAGCAGCAGGUAACAAUGGAGACAAGAGCCCCAUGUCCUCACCACAGAUCUCCACUGAAAAGAACCUGGAACCUGGCAAACAGAUCAGCAGGUCUUCAGGGGAGCAGCAAAACAAAGGACGCAUAGUGUCACCAUCGUUACUGUCAGAAGAACCGGCCCCCUCCAGCAUAGAUGCUGAAAGCAAUGGAGAACAGCCUGAGGAGCUGACCCUGGAGGAAGAAAGCCCUGUGUCUCAGCUCUUUGAUCUAGAGAUUGAAGCUUUGCCCCUGGAUACCCCUUCCUCUGUGGAGACAGACAUUUCCUCUUCCAGGAAGCAAUCAGAGGAGCCCAUCACCACUGUCUUAGAGAAUGGGGCAGGCAUGGUCUCUUCUACUUCUUUCAAUGGAGGCGUCUCUCCUCACAACUGGGGAGAUUCUGGUCCCCCCUGCAAAAAAUCUCGGAAGGAGAAGAAGCAAACAGGAUCAGGGCCAUUAGGAAACAGCUCUGUGGAAAGGCAAAGCUGCUCUGUCUGAAUAUUGCACGUGCCACAUCCUGUCUCUUCCUUUUUCCCACCGUUUUAAAUCCUCUAAAUCCUCCUGUGUCUUUUCUCCUGUACUCCAGAUCUCUUUGACUCUGUCUCUCACUUCCCUGCAGACAAGUGUGGCCACACAAUGAGAUCCAGAAGAGAUCAUCGUGCUCUCAGACUCUGAUUAGCUGCCUCCCCUUCUCCCUGCCUCCAGAAUGUUUUGGGAUAGCAUUUGGAGGAAGGUGGGAAGCAGAUGACUGAGGAAGGGAUGGAAUAAGCUAAACCCCUUUUGGUGGUGUUUCUUUAAAAAAAAAAAAAGAAAAAAGCUUAAGUUUUACACAGAAACAUUAAUAAACAAUAAAGUUCUUUUCUUACUGUAAAAAAAAAAAA